AUGAAAACACCUCAGAAGCAAUGGCUUGAAGUGAUAGGCGCCUACCAAUAUGUGCUCACUUUUCUGUUCAUGGGUCCCUUCUUCGCCCUUCUGGUCUUCUUCCUCCUUUUUACCUGGCUCUGGUCCUUAUCUUUUCUCUAUUUGGUAUGGCUGUACCUGGACUGGGACACACCCAACCGAGGUGGAAGGCAAGGCAGAUGGAUGAGAAAGUGGACAAUUUGGAAACACCAAAGAGAUUAUUUCCCAAUCAAGCUUCUGAAAACCGCAGAGCUGCCGGCUGACCGGAACUACGUGCUGGGUGCGCACCCCCACGGGAUCAUGUGCACAGGAACUUUUUGUAACUUCUCUGCGGUCCACAGCAGUGCUUUCUGCCAGCUCUUUCCUGGGCUUCGGCCUCGGAUCGCCUCACUGGCUGGACUCUUCCGUCUUCCUGUCCUUCGAGAAUACCUCAUGUUCAAAGGGCUGUGUUCUGUGAGUCGACAGAGUCUGGACUUCAUUUUGUCACAGCCCCAGCUUGGCCAGGCAGUCACCAUCCUGAUUGGGGGUGCCCAGGAAGCCCUGUACGCAGUUCCAGGGGAGCACUAUAUCGCACUAAGGACGCGUAAAGGCUUUGUGCGCCUGGCGCUAAGGCACGGGGCCUCCCUCGUGCCUGUGUAUUCCUUUGGGGAGAAUGAUAUCUAUAGAUUCAAGUCUUUUGCCCAAAACUCCUGGCAGCAUCGGUGUCAAAUUGCCUUCAAGAGACUCAUGGGAUUUUCCCCUUGCAUCUUCUGGGGCCGUGGUCUCUUCUCUGCCAACUCCUGGGGUCUGGUACCAUUUGCCCAGCCCAUCACUACUGUGGUGGGCUGCCCCAUCCAUGUGCCCCAGUGCCUCAAACCCACCGAAGACCAGGUGGAUCAUUAUCACCAGCUCUACAUGAAGACUUUGGAGCAACUGUUCGAAGACCACAAGGAGACCUACGGUGUCCCCGCUUCUACCCACCUCACCUUCCUCUAGACCUGAGACCCUGAACCCUGGGCCUGGGGACUUCCUCCAUGUCAUGCUCCACUACUUCAUAAAUCCAGACAUGGCCAUCCCCAUCCCAACGUUCUACAGAGUGUCCCCCACCCCCUAGUCUGGGUCUCUGGU